AUGCUGCGUUCCAUCCCAUUCAGACAUUCCUCUCUGCUGAAAAGUGUUUAUGCAAAUGGUCGGACACUCUCAACUUUACCUGCCUCUUCUUCAUUAGGCUGCCUACCCACGACGCAUUCACCAGUCGUAUCAAAGCUAGCGUUCUUCAAUUCUGUAACUGGCGACGGUAGCAAAAUACCAAGUUAUAGAGUUCUUGAUGCCCUUGGUACUCCAAUAGAGGGCGCGGAAGUGCCUGAGAUCAGUGAACAGUUCGCGCGGCGAUUAUAUGAAAACAUGCAGUUGCUUCCUACAAUCGAUGAUAUACUUUGCAGUGGUCAACGCCAAGGCAGAAUACCCUUCUAUGCGACUUCCUAUGGAGAAGAGGCUGCUGUAAUCGGCUCUGCUGCAGCACUGGCUGAUGAUGACGAAGUUUUAUCACAGUAUCGCGAAACGGGGGUGCUCUUGUGGCGUGGUUUCCAUCUUGACGGUAUCAUGGCGCAGGUUUACGGAAACCACGAAGAUUCUGGCAAAGGCCGCCAGAUAGCUGUGCAUUACGGCUCCAAGGAACAUCAUUUCCACACCAUAUCUUCUCCACUUGCAACUCAAAUACCACAAGCUGCUGGAGUUGGGUUUGCACUCAAACGUGACCCAGCGAGACGCUCCAAAAAUGUUGCCUGCGUGUUUUUCGGGGAAGGCGCAGCGUCAGAGGGGGACUUCCAUGCUGGAAUGCUCUUUGCUUCCACGGUGCCUUCACCGACAUUGUUCCUGGCAAGGAACAACGGGUUUGCGAUCAGCACCCCGAACUCGCAACAAUUUUACGGCGAUGGUAUCAGCGCAAGAGGCCCAGGUUAUGGUGUGGAUACCGUUCGUGUAGAUGGAAACGAUGUACUCGCUGUUUUGAGCGCUGUCAAGGAGGCACGAAGGCGGUGCUUGGAAGGUGGUCGGGCAGUUCUAGUUGAGAUGAUGACUUACAGGAUUGGCCAUCACUCGACGUCGGACGAUUCGUAUGUUUAUAGGGAGCGCCAGGAAGUUGAAGACAGGAAAAAGAAUGAUAACCCUAUCACGCGUUUCCGCCUAUUCAUGGAAUCACGGGGAUGGUGGAACGACAUGGAUGAGCAGGAGCUCGUGUUCCGCCUGAGACGGGAUGUGAUCAAGGCAUUCAAGCGUGCCGAGCCUGUCAAAAAGCCUGAGCUGAAGGACUUGUUCGCUGAUGUAUACGCGGAAGAACCCUGGAAUAUAAGGGAACAGCGGGAAGAGCUGGCAGCACUGCUCAAGAAAUACGGACAAGUAUGGGAGCCAUGGCGAAGUGAGCUCAGGACCCUCAAGGACGGAGGGAAGGAGCUUUCAGAUUGA